AUGAAUGAAUCCAGGUGGACUGAAUGGAGGAUCCUAAACCUGAGCAGUGGCCCGGUGAAUGUGUCUGAGCGUCACUCCUGCCCGCUAGGAUUUGGCCACUACAGUGCAGUGGACAUCUGCGUCUUUGAGACAAUUGUUAUUGUCCUGCUGACAUUUCUGAUCAUUGCUGGGAAUUUAACAGUCAUCUUUGUCUUUCACUGUGCUCCACUCUUACACCAUUAUACCACCAGCUACUUCAUCCAGACGAUGGCAUAUGCUGAUCUUUUCGUUGGAGUUAGCUGCUUGGUUCCUACUCUCUCACUUCUCCACUACUCCACAGGUAUCCACGAGUCAUUGACUUGCCAGGUUUUUGGAUAUAUUAUCUCGGUUCUCAAAAGUGUUUCUAUGGCAUGUCUUGCUUGCAUAAGUGUGGAUCGUUAUCUUGCAAUCACCAAGCCUCUUUCCUACAAUCAACUGGUCACCCCUUGUCGGCUGAGAAUUUGCAUCAUUUUAAUCUGGAUCUACUCCUGCCUAAUUUUCUUGCCUUCUUUCUUUGGCUGGGGGAAACCUGGUUACCACGGUGACAUUUUUGAAUGGUGUGCCACCUCUUGGCUCACCAGUGCCUAUUUUACUGGCUUUAUUGUUUGUUUACUUUAUGCUCCCGCUGCCUUUGUUGUCUGCUUCACUUACUUCCACAUUUUCAAAAUUUGCCGGCAGCACACCAAAGAGAUACAUGACCGGAGGGCCCGGUUCCCGAGCAAUGAGGUGGAUGCCUCUGGAGAGACUGGACACAGCCCCGACCGUCGCUACGCCAUGGUCCUGUUUCGGAUAACCAGCGUAUUUUACAUGCUGUGGCUCCCCUAUAUCAUUUACUUUCUUUUGGAAAGCUCCCGGGUCUUAGACAAUCCAACACUGUCCUUCCUAACAACCUGGCUUGCUAUAAGUAAUAGUUUUUGUAACUGUGUAAUAUAUAGCCUUUCCAACAGUGUUUUCCGGCUAGGCCUCCGAAGGCUGUCCGAGACGAUGUGCACAUCUUGUAUGUGUCUGAAGGAGCAGGACACACGAGACCCCAAGCCCAGGAAACGGGCCAAUUCCUGCUCCAUUUGAAGAGAACUGCCCAGUAAAUCAAGUGUAACGGACAGUGGUUUUGGUUCAUAGUCUUGAUUCUUCUGGAAAUUUGCCACUAGAGAAAUAUUUACUUGAAUAGUCAUAUAAGAUGAAGGGACUAAAGGUUUCAUUUUUUUCUCUUUUUUCAUGGAGGAAAAAAACUAAAGGAAAGGAUAUAUAGAGAGUAAUCUCAUGAGAUAAAUAUAGCAUGUGAGUAUCAAUGUGCAGUAGUAGGAAAAAUUAAGCCCUGAGGAUGACAAAAGUAAGUCAGAUAUUCCACAGGAUGUGAGCCAAGCCCCUUGGUGUCUUUCUCUCUCUGAUUGAACUCUGUCCUCUGUCUUUGUCUCUGAUUCUUGUCUCUUUCACUCUCAUUGUGUUUGUGGAAAUUACUUGCAUCAAUUUUCCUCUAAAGAGAAUUGCUACAUAUUAUAUAUGUGGCAAAGUAUAAUCUUUGGCAUCAAAGUGUACUUUUAUACACACUGAUCUGAAAUCCGUAAGUGGUCUCUCGUGGAUGUAUAGUAAGCAUUGUAUGUUAGUACCUGCCACACAACCCUUUUGCUUGUGUUUUUAUAAUCUCCACAGCACACAUUUUCUGCCACGAGCAAAAAGAAACAGUGUUUUUAUUUCAUCAGGGUAAAAUGAUGCUCCCCUCUCCUGUAUUCCUGCUGUAUUUCUCUUCAUCUGCAUCUUUUGGUACCUUAAUUCAGAAGUGUCUUAGCUAAAGAAAGAAUCUACUAUAUAGAGCAAUCAAAAUGGUAAAUAAUUUAUUCCUUCCAACAAAGCAAUCAAUAACCUGUAUGAGAUAUUAUGUUAAAUCUUUUUAAUGGCUUUUAGAAACAUUUUUUCUGGUUCCUUUUAAAUUCUUUCACAUUCCCAAAAUGGUGUCCCUUUUGCUAUAUAGUAAAGCUUUGUUUUCCUUUAAGACAAUCCACAAAUAAUUCUAAUGCAGAUGCUGAAUACUCACCCGGAAAUGAGGCAUUGCUCCUAAAGCUACUUGGUGUGUCUUUUUUUUUAUUUUUAAGAGUGAAAUACUGACUUUUUGUGUGUUAGGUUUACAAAACUUACUGUUCUGUCCACCAGUCAUUUCUGUGAUAUGCGUUGGCACAUAGUAUAUUUUUUACAACAAAGAAAAUGUAAAUGAUAGUAUGUGAUCUGUGCCUAAUGUUUUCUUAGCACAAUAUAUAGAUCAAUGUUGCUUAAGUCACCAACAUAGGGAAAAAAUAUACAAAAACUUCUUUUAAGAGAAAAAUACUUUUGUGUAGCUGUUAUUUAGAUAUUUAUAUUAGACCAAGCUGUAUUCUUAGUGCUGCUGAGAAUAUAAUAUACUUAAUUAUGAAAUACAGGUAACAGCUUUCAGUAUUUUCUUUUGUAAUGAUCUGUUUUCAUAUUCAGAGUUUAAAUUAGCUUAUUUUUUAGUGUGCUACAUGGAAUUGUGUAAUAAAUUGUCAGGGGUUUAGAUGUAGCAAAAUGGCAUUUGGGAAUUAGUAUGAAGCAGGUCUGAGUGGUAAAACAUACAAAUCUUACUUUUUUACCAUAAUUUUCCUGCCUGACAGAUAUUUUAAAUUUUAUAUCAAACUACUGAGUAUUUUUCUUCUCAGCAUUUUUGAUUUGUUUGUUUUAUGAAAUGCAUUAAUGAAAUGUGCCUACGGAAGCCAACCAUGUUGCACACUGGUGGUUUGACUUCAUAGGCCCUUUAGUGGAAAUGUCAUCAUUAUAUUGAGGUUGUUCUGUAUAUUUUUUAAAAUGUAAGAAAGGUUUAAAAUAAAGAAUAAAAUAGUAUUCUACAUA